AUAGCUCCUCUAUGAACGCCCUUCUCACGGACUGCUCCGUGAAUCACAUUUUCCACCUACAGCACUGUUGCUUCACACCGGGCCUCUCCGAAGCAGCACAGCGGCUAAAGCUGCCCUCGUCCCGGCCGCCGGGGAGACACGAGUCGGCCCGCCGGGGAGCAGCCCGUCGAUGACUGGGAACUUUGUUUGAAGACUUUCCGCGGAAGUUUUUCUCCUGUUUUGAUGGGAGAUAAUGAGCGAGUGUCGCUCUGUCACUUCGAGUCUCUGCAGCCCGAUGGAGGCGCGUGUGUUCGCCUGGCUGGGCCCUGCCUGGGGAGGCAGUUAUUGAUCUGCUAGGGGGUUGAUCAUCGGGACACGUGACAUGGAUCUACAGGUGGUCGUGGCGGUGCUCUACUGCCUUGUGAUGCCCACCGUGCUGCUAACAGCUUGCCUUGUUCGCUACAACAUCCUGUCACUGCUUCACUUCCUGUACCUGCUGCUGCUGCCGUGGUUCCUAAGUCCCAACAAGCACACCAUCAGAGGUCACACAGGACGGUUUAUACGAGUGGUUUUCUGUACCAGUCUACUAUUUGUACUGGCUCACAUCUGCUUCCAGACAGUUCUAUACACAUAUCCUCCUCUCAACACUGCCAUUGGUGAUAACUGUUCCCAAUGGGACACCAUAACCAGACAUAUAGGACUGUCCAGGCUUCCAUUGGAUGAUCCUUGGAGUGUGUUACGCCUUCUGGUUCCUGACCUGGGUGUGUGUGUGGUUGCCUUGACAACGAUCAUCCUCUGCAACAAAUUGGUCAGGAACAGAGAAACGGUGGCGGCUGCCAACAUCACAUCGCUUGAAGAUUAUUCAGAAGAAGAAAACACACAAGAGGAGGCUGAGGAGGAUGAAGAUAAAGAGGCAUCAGAAGAUGAAGAAGAAGGAGAAGGCUCAUUACCUGGUGACCCUGAUGAGGACGUUUCCACAGCAACCAGAGCCAAGCAGCUGGCUGAGCGUCUGAAGACCAAAGCUCGCAAAGUACUGCGGGACCUCUGGAAGGUGUUGGCCAUCGGCCUGUUGGCUUUGGCUGGCAUCACGCUGCCCUCUGCCUUCUCAGCCAUCUACUUCCUCCUUUUUAUUGGCGUGUGCACAUGGUGGGCAUGCCACCUUCCCAUCAGUCACUUGGGUUUCAACGCAUUGUGUGUGAUGGUGGGCUUCUUCACGGCUGGUCACAUGGUUUGUCUGUAUGUGUACCAGAGUCUGCUGGUCCAGGCCCUGUUCCCCCCACGCAGUCUGUGGGCCAGACUCUUUGGUCUGAAGGACAUCAUCAUACCAGGAAACUGCUCUUCACCCUAUGACCUUAACCUUAAUGCUGAUCACGAUUGGCCAGUUUACGUCAACCCGGGAAUACUGUUCCUCCUCUACAUCGCCAUAGUAACAGUUCUCAAGACGGGAUAUCGCGAAACUCCUAACCAGCAGAGGAAGCAACAGCACAAGAUAGAAGACGAGGAGAUACUGGAGUUAAGGUUAUUGAAUCCACCGAAAAAUGAUUAUGAAGAUGACACAGAGCUCAUGCUGCUGUCCACGGCUGCAGAAAGCAGCAGAGGAGGAGCUACGGCUGGAGGGGAGGAGCCAGAUCUGGAGGCUAGCCCUUCCAGUGGCCCCCACCAGAGUGAAAGCCCGUUCUUCCUGCUGGGAAAGGUCGUCAUGCAGCAGAGCUAUGUCUGUGCUCUCAUAGCCAUGAUGGUUUGGAGCAUCACAUACCACAGCUGGCUGACCUUUGUGCUGCUGUUGUGGGCGUGUCUCAUCUGGAUCCUGCGGGCCAGACGGCAUGCAGCCACACUGUGCUCUCCGUUCAUCCUGCUCUAUGGCCUGGCUCUGUGCUGUCUGCAGUACGUCUGGGCCAUGGACCUCCAGCCUGAGCUUCCCACCACUGUGGGCACCAUGAGUCUAAGACAACUGGGACUAGACAGAGCCCAACACCCCUGUUUGAGACUGGGUGCUAUGCUCCUGUUUACUUUGACCUUCUGGCUUUUAGUGCGUCAGUCAGUGAAGGAAAACUUCAGCAGGAAGAGGAAAAUGACCACACCACUACAGGAGGUCACUACAGGAGGGGGGGCUGGUGAUGAGUCGGUGCUGAAGGUCCUAGGUGGCAUGGUGAUGGGCUGUUAUGCCAAAUACUGGAUUUAUGUGUGUGGAGGGAUGUUCAUCAUGGUGUCCUUUGCUGGAAAGCUGGUUGGAUACAAAAUCAUCUACAUGCUGCUGUUCUUAAUCUGCCUGUGUCUCUAUCAGGUGUACUAUUCUCUGUGGAGACGUCUGUUGAAGCUCUUCUGGUGGCUCGUGGUGGCCUACACGAUGCUGGUGCUUAUAUCCAUCUACACUUUCCAAUUCGAAGACUUCCCUGGAUACUGGAGGAACUUUACUGGUUUCACUGAAGAGCAGUUGGCGGCUGUUGGCCUGGAGACGUUCGCUCUGUCUGAACUCUUCAGCAGUAUUCUGAUCCCUGGCUUCUUCCUGUUGGCCUGUAUUCUGCAGCUGCACUAUUUCCACAAACCCUUCAUGAGAAUCACAGACCUGGAGCAUGUGACACCGAUACACAAGAACAAACCUGAUGAUGUGGGACAGGGCUCUGAGGAGGAUGACCAGGGGGCCGGCGUUGAUGAGGAAUCUGAAGACGAAGUGGAGUUGCUGCCCAGUAAGUGGGGGCUGGUGAUGGACAGGCUGCUGGUUCUGUCCAGUAGGUUUUCUGACAUUCUCACCAAAGUUCAAGUGUUUCUCUGGAGGCUUCUGGAGCUCCACAUCCUCAAGAUGGUGGCCUUCUUCUCUGUGUGGGUUUCACUCGAAGAGCCGUCGGUGAUGAACCUGGUCCUGGUGGUGUUGUGGUCCCUGGCAAUGCCCUACAGUCGCUUCGGGCACAUGGCGUCCUGUUUGUCAACAGUGUGGGUGUGCGUCAUCAUCGUGUGUAAGAUGCUGUACCAGCUCAGUGUUGUCAACCCUGCUGAGUACUCCAGUAACUGUAGCCUGCCUUUAACAAAUGAGACCAACCUGCUACCUGAGGAGAUGAGGAACUCCUCUCUGUAUAAGGAGGCCGUGGACCCAGCAAAAUGGUUCGGCAUCAGGAAAGAUGCCACGGCACUGGGAUACAGCAAAAAUCAUUUAAUAGUGCUGAUGCUGUUGGUGUUUGAGGCGACAGUGUACCGUCACCAGUCUCACCACUACCGUCAGCUCCAACGGUCCCCCCCCACCAUCCCUGCUCUGUUCCCCGCUGCCACCAGGGACACUCUGGACCAGGGCCUCAUACCCUGCAUCAAGUACCUACUCAACUACGCCUUCUACAAGUUUGGAUUGGAGAUUUGCUUCCUGAUGACGGUGAAUGUGAUUGGCCAGCGGAUGAACUUCUUGGUAAUAAUCCAUGGCUGUUGGUUGGUAGCCAUCUUGGUGAGGCGGCGGCGGGCAGCCAUUGCCAGGAUCUGGCCCAGAUAUUGUCUCUUUCUGUCCAUCUUCAUGAUCUACCAGUAUCUUCUAUGUGUGGGGACACCGCCUGCUCUCUGCAUAGACUACCCGUGGCGUUGGAACACUCCCGUGUUGAUAAACUCAGCUCUCAUUAAAUGGACCUUCCUGCCUGACUUCUACACUGUGCCCAACUCCAAAAACCUCAUAGCGGACUUUGUGCUGCUGGUGUGUGCAUCCCAGCAGUGGAAGGUGUUUGAGUGUGAGCACACAGAGGACUGGAUGGUUCUUGCAGGAGAGAACACAGAUGACCCUGAACCAAUGGAAGGCCGACUAUUUAACCCCGCCCCCAACUUUAUCAACUGCAGGAGUUACCUGGACAUGGCUAAAGUUUUGGUGUUUCGUCACCUCUUCUGGUUUGUGCUGUCGGUGGUCUUCAUCACUGGCGCCACGAGGAUCUCAGUGUUUGGAUUGGGCUACCUGCUCGCUUGCUUCUUUUUUCUGCUGUUUGGGACCCGGCUUCUGGUCAAAUCAUCCAGAACCCGCCUCGCCCUGUGGGACUGUCUGAUUAUCUACAACGUGGCCGUCAUCGUAUCUAAAAAUAUGUUAUCCAUCCUGGCAUGUGUGUUUGUGUUUGAGAUGCAAAAGGGCUUCUGUUGGGUAAUUCAACUUUUCAGCCUGGUGUGCACGGUCAAAGGAUACUAUGACCCGAAGGCAGUGAGUGACAACGCGUGCAGCCUCCCAGUGGAAGAGGCUGGGAUCAUCUGGGACAGUAUCUGUUUUCUCUGCUUGCUGCUGCAGAGGAGGGUCUUCCUCAGUUUCUACUUCCUGCAUGUGAUAACAGAGAUGCAGGCUUCUGCCCAACAGGCCUCGAGGGGGUUUGAGCUCUUCCGAUCCAGCAUUGCGAAGAACAUUCAAUUCCACAAACAAGCUGAGAGGAAAUCUUUAUCACAGCUCAAGAGAUCGAUGCAAAGAAUUCGCGCCAAGCAGCAGAAGUGCAGGGAUGGACACAAAACCAGUGAUGAUUCUAAUGAGAGUCACAAUGCAGAUACUCAGAGACACCAGAAGAGUUCCAGGAAGAAGAAUUGGUCGCGGCCUUGGUUGGACCAUGCUACAGUGCUGCACUCCGGGGAGUACUACCUGUUUGAGUCCGACAGUGAAGACGAAGAGGACUUUGAUGAACAGAAGCCUCAAAAACAGACUGCAUGUCAGUUGGCAUACCUAGCGUGGGUUACCAGUGUGAAAACAGCUUUAAAAGAACGUCAGAGACACCAGCGACAGUUAAAGAGGAUGGCGAGAAAAGACAAAGAGAGAGAAGGAAGAGUGGAUUCUCAACAGGGGGUCGUUCCUGCAACAGGAUGUGGUGAUAAUGGUGCAUUUGAGGACACUGGCCUUGAUGAAGAGGAGCCAGAAGAAAAGGAGUCCAGUCAUGGUGAAAUGGUUCAGAGAAUCUUGGAUAUCCUGCGUUUCUUAUUGGCUAUUGUUCUGGCCAUGGUGGAUGGACUGACUCAGUGGCUCAACCUGCUGACUAAACAGUACAGAGACACAUCUACGGUUCUGUGCAAUGAACGCUACUUCCUCAUACAUAAGAUACAGCAGCAUAAUAGAGGGGGAGACUCCACAGAGGACCAGGUAUCUCAGGGCAGUGACAGUCCCACACUGGAGACCUGUUUGGAUGAGACUGAUGCAGACUCCAGACACAGUUGCCUCCAGGCGGAUGGCAGUGGAGUGACAGACCUGCCCCCCCCCAGGGAGAGGCUCAACAGCAUUGGGAACCUCUCCAUUGCAGAACCCCCAUCUAGUAGCAUGGAGCUUGUGCCUAACUUCAAACAGCAGUACAGACAGUCUAGAACAGCCAGCGAGCUGCUGGGAGAGAGGCAGUUGUUCAUCGAGGAGCUGGAACACAGCAGAGAGUUCUACAAGAAGCAGAACCGUCUGCUGAAGCUGCUGUUUGCCCUCCACGACCUGCUGGCAGCCAACUCUGAGCUAGUGUGCUAUAUUAUCAUAGUGGUAAACAACGGGGUCAGUGCCUCGGUAAUAUCACUGGUCCUCCCCAUACUGGUGUUCCUAUGGGCUAUGCUAGCUGUUCCAAGACCAACCAAGAAGUUUUGGAUGACUGCUAUAGUCUACACAGAGGUGAUGGUGGUGGUGAAAUACCUUUUCCAGUUUGGAUUCUUUCCUUGGAACAGUGUUUAUGAGAUGACUUUAAAUGAAGACAAACCUUUCUUCCCACCUCGCAUCUUGGGCCUGGAAAAGACUGACAAUUACAUCAGAUAUGAUCUUCUUCAAUUACUGGCUCUGUUCUUCCACAGGUCCCUUCUCAUGCGUUAUGGCCUGUGGGACCAUGAGGGGCCCCUGAAGGAGCACAGCCCCUCACCAGAGAGUUGUAAGGACGAAGGAACAAACAGGGAAGCAAAUGAUGAGGGACGGAAGAAGGAAGGUAGAGGAGAAGAGGUGGAGGGCAGAGUUAGCUCAACAUCUACCCCGGAUAACCUGAAAAUGACUGAACUGGACCAAUUUGAAAAGGAUAAUGUGGACAAUGUUGAACCAAGUACCAGCUCUGCUGCUGCUACCACACAACCGAAUCCUACUGAACCAACACCCGGUGGGUCAGAAGAUGUCCCUGAAAAUACGUCUCGGCUUAAGGACGGGUUGGACUCUCCCUGUGGACCGAGGGAGGGUCACAUGUCGGGAGACAAGGAGCCGGUGAUCAAGGAGGUCCGAAAGAAAAGCAGCGGUAUCCGCUUCCGCCACAAAGCUAAGAAAACCAAACAACAAGUCAGCAAAGAGCCCCCAGUUGAGACUGCAGAGCCCAGCGGAGCAGAACCUGUGAGGAAGAAGCAGAAGGGCAGCAGGAGUGAGGCAGCCAGUCAGAGAUUGCAGGCAGCGGGACACAAGUUCAAACAAGUCUUCCUCUCUGGUAUUCAGAGUGUUUACAGGCCAACGCAGGCAUUCUUCACGGGCAUUCUGCAUGCUGAGUGCCGGGCCGCCACAGACGUCUAUGCACUCAUGUUCCUCACUGAUGUCGUUGACUUCGUCAUCAUCGUGUUUGGCUUCUGGGCUUUUGGGAAACACAGUGCAGCAGCGGACAUCGCCUCCACCCUGUCAGAGGACCAGGUUCCUGAGGCCUUCCUGGUGAUGCUGCUCAUUCAGUUCAGCACCAUGAUCAUCGACAGAGCCUUGUAUCUGCGCAAGGCGGUCUUGGGAAAACUCAUCUUCCAGGUGAUUCUUGUGUUUGGGAUUCACUUCUGGAUGUUCUUCAUCUUGCCUGCCGUCACAGAAAGGAAGUUCAAUCAGAAUUUUGUUGCCCAGCUCUGGUACUUUGUCAAGUGCAUCUACUUCGGCCUGUCAGCCUAUCAGAUCCGCUGUGGAUACCCCACUCGUAUCCUUGGCAACUUCCUCACCAAGAAAUACAACCACCUCAACCUGUUUCUCUUCCAAGGGUUCCGUAUGGUGCCCUUCUUGGUGGAGCUGCGAGCAGUGAUGGAUUGGGUUUGGACUGACACCACCCUCUCUCUGUCAAACUGGAUGUGUGUGGAGGACAUUUAUGCCAACAUCUUCAUCAUAAAGUGCAGCCGUGAGACAGAGAAGAAAUACCCACAGCCCAAAGGACAGAAGAAGAAGAAGAUAGUGAAAUAUGGCAUGGGUGGACUCAUCAUCUUCUUCUUGAUCUGCAUCAUCUGGUUCCCCCUUCUCUUCAUUUCAUUGGUCCGAUCAGUUGUGGGUGUGGUCAACCACCCCAUUGAUGUCACCGUAACUGUCAAGCUGGGAGGCUAUGAGUCCCUGUUUACAAUGAGUGUGCAGCAGCAGUCCAUCCAGCCCUUUACAGAGGCUGAAUAUGACCAACUUACCGAGAAGUUUGGAGACAACGCGGUAGCCAUGCAGUUCAUCACUCUCUACAGUUAUGAGGACAUCGUGACGGCCAUGAUUGAAGGAAGUUCUGGAUCAGUGUGGAGGAUCAGCCCUCCCAGCAGACAGGAAGUCAUUAAGGAACUACUUGGAAGUCCUGUUGACCUGACACUACGGCUGGCCUGGACUUUCCAGAGAGACCUGGGUAAAGGAGGGACGGUGGAACACACCUUUGACAAACACUCUAUAGACCUGGAACCUGGAAACCCGGUCCGAGCAGAUCUGGCCUCUCUCCUGGUUGGCAGCCGCACGGAGCCUGUCCGUAUUCCCAACAUGCUCCCCAACUACAUCCGUGCCCCCAACGGAGCUGAGGCCAAACCAGUCAAUCAACUUUAUAAAGGGAACGAAGAUGGCUACCUGAAUAUAACCCUGUCCCUGAAGAAUGACCGGUCCCUGAAUGGAAGUGCCAACCAGGAGUGGUGGGACAUUGCCAUCGCAGGUUGUGCGUCCUCCUCAUGUGGGGUUUUACCCAUAGUCAUAUUCAAUGACAAAGUUAGUCCACCAAGCCUGGGCUUCUUGGCUGGAUAUGGCAUCAUGGGUCUCUAUGUGUCUGUGGUCUUAGUCAUCGGGAAGUUUGUGCGUGGCUUCUUCAGUGAGAUCUCCCACUCCAUCAUGUUUGAGGAGCUGCCCUGUGUGGACCGCAUCCUGAAGCUCUGCACGGACAUCUUUCUGGUGCGUGAGACAGGAGAGCUGGAACUAGAAGAGGAACUUUACUCCAAACUGAUCUUCCUCUACCGAUCUCCAGAGACUAUGAUAAAAUGGACCAGGGACAUGCGCAGCCGCAACCACACUGACUGACGUUUGGUUGUAAUCCUGAACUAUCUGAAGCCCAUUGCAAGGAUGCUCAGACGACUCCUUUCUAGACAUUGUCUUACAGAGAGCACCAAAAGGAGAUGUACACUAAUAGAAGUACUGUAUGAAACAUCUCCUAUUGCUGGACACCUGUUGCUGUUCUUCACAGCUGACUGAGCACUUUCAUAAAACUGCCUUACACUAUUGAGAGAGCUAUUACAGUUCCACUGUGUGAUGGAGGUAUAGCAGCUGGAUGUCUGUCCUGGAGAACUUUAAUCAACUCAAGCUGUGCUAAUGGUAAUGUUCAAAGGUCAAACACACAACGUGCCUGACCUCUUUUUUAAUGAGGCUCCCAAGUGGAGUGACUGUGGCUAAAACCUGAAAUAAAAUCUAGGAGGAAUCA